UUCAGCAGGUAUGAAGGUCAACUACUUUAGCGUUUUGACUGGAGUUUUGUUAAUCAUGUGUACUUUCUCUAUCCAAUAUCUGCAGAUAUCUUACCACAGCAUAACACGACCAGCAGCCAAGACUUUGCAAUGACCAGUUUUACUCAAAGUUACAAUAUGCGAAUAAUAUUUAAACAAUUUCCUCAGGCAAAAUGUCAUCUACGAUCUAGGAUGAGUUCUCUGGCAGCAGUUCUACAGCCAGAAUUAGAUGCAAUUAAAAGUGCUGGAACAUGGAAAUCAGAACGAGUAAUUACCUCGCCUCAGAGCAUGAAGAUUCGCGUUGCAAAUGGAAAGGAAGUUCUGAAUUUCUGCGCAAAUAACUACUUGGGAUUAUCUAAUAACGAACAAGUAGUUGCAGCAGCUAAACUAGCUUUAGAUAAAUAUGGAGCUGGUUUAAGUUCAGUAAGAUUCAUUUGCGGUACUCAAGAAAUCCACAAAGAAUUGGAAGAUAAGUUAUCAGCUUUUCACCAGAGACAAGAUACAAUUUUGUAUGCGUCUUGCUUUGACGCAAAUGCUGGGAUUUUUGAAACUUUAUUAACAGCAGAUGAUGCCGUAAUAAGUGACGAAUUGAAUCAUGCGUCAAUCAUUGAUGGGAUUCGACUUUGCAAAGCCACAAGAUACAGAUAUAAACACAGAGAUAUGGCAGACCUGGAAGAAAAGCUAAAACAAAGUGCUUCGUCACGAUUAAAACUGAUCGCUACGGACGGAAUAUUUUCAAUGGAUGGCACAGUCGCACCAUUACCCAAAAUUGCUGAAUUGGCAAAAAAAUACAAUGCCUUGACAUUUGUCGAUGAUUGUCACGCGACAGGUUUUUUUGGAAAAACUGGCAGAGGAACAGAAGAGUAUUUCGGCCUACUUCCAAGCAUCGAUAUAAUAAAUUCAACACUUGGAAAAGCCCUUGGUGGGGCAGCAGGUGGUUACACUACUGGACCAAAAGAGCUCAUUGAUUUGUUAAGGCAGCGUAGCAGACCAUAUCUGUUUUCUAAUUCACUGCCGCCACCUGUCGUUGCUACAGGAAUUAAGGUCCUUGAUCUCAUCACUGAUAGCACGAAAUUUCUAGAACGUGUUUCUAGCAACACUGAACACUUUAGAAGCGCUAUGACUUCGGCAGGAUUCACUCUAAGCGGGGAGGGACAUCCCAUUUGCCCAGUCAUGCUCGGAGAUGCAAAGCUGGCGUCAGCUUUUGCGGAACGAAUGCUCAAUAAAGGCAUUUAUGUGAUUGGGUUCAGUUAUCCCGUAGUACCAAAAGGAAAAGCAAGAAUACGUGUUCAGAUUAGUGCAGCGCACACCACAGAAGAUAUCGAGAGGGCAGUGGAUGCUUUUAUACAAAUAGGAAAAGAACUUAAAGUUAUAUCGUAAAUAUUCUCAUCCAAUCUUGAAGUUAAAUAAAUUAUACAAUGUGUACG